AUGGCCAUCAAACAAAUCCUCUGCACGGUUCUCAUCGCUGUGGCUACCGUUGUUACUGUGGCCCAACCUGUCAGCGUCCCCAAACCUGUGAAGGCCAGAGCUCUCUCUUCGGGGCCUUCCAUCGACCUGUUGAAACCCGAUAAGGGCCUGGCCACGAGCAUCGUCAACGGCAUAGGCCAGAUAUCAGCACUUUUGACGAUGGUUGGAAUGACAGUCAAUAAUGUCCCUAACGUGGUAGGUGUUAUCCCUGGUGAGGCUGAGGCAGGCGCUCUCCAUGGUGAUGUCUCCGGCCUAACGAUCCGUGAUGUCCCUGAUGAAGCAGGCGCUCUCUAUGAUGAUAACUAUGGCCCACCAGACGAUGCGUCUCAGCCUGUUGAUAUCGGGGAGAUCCUUGAUGAUGCCUUUGACCACCUCCUAGGCGAUGGGCCUUACUCCACGCCAACCGUUCCCGACGAGCCAUCCUCAAAGACACCCUCCAAGACGUCGCCGCAAUAUUCCAAGCUCACGAUUGGAUGCCGGGCGAAAGGGUGUGACAGUGUGGUCAAGAUCUACUACGACAACAUGCCGACGCCGACGCACAGCUGCCCACGAGACGCCCUCGCCGCCCUCGCCAAGUGGCGUCUCUUCUGCGACAGAGGCAACAACAAGAUCUUUGGCAAGUCGACAGAGCCAAAUUGCUGGAGCAGGGCUCCCUCCAUCGACAGCUGCUGCGGCGAAUGGGUCCAGCUCGACGACCCUAAAUACAAAGACUACCCGUCGCGGUACGUGCCAGUGGAGAAAGGGUUUUCGGACGACACGUACGUGGGGACUUGGGUGCAGGAGUUGGGGGGCCACGGAGACCGCCGCAUCGUCAAGCCCGGUUGGCACGAGUACAACGUUGAGACGGACAGAUGCCAGUUCUGGAGGCCGGAGAACGACCUCGAAUUCGCGUACUUUAUCAACUCGCUCCAGAACUAUGGAAUCCGGGAUGUUGACGAGACGGGCAAGAUUCGCGGACAGGAAGCCUAUAAUGCCGAGGGCGUUUCUCCUGGCCCGCUGAUCCCGGGUUCGGACAGCGAACUAGAUACCUUCAAAAACAUCAAGAUGGACUGA